AGUUCAGUAAUGAAAGAGUGAAGAAAGUUUCGGACUUGGAGGAGUUUUUUCAUCAAAUGGACGAAAGACGGUGAUGUUCGGCGAUUAUUCUAAGAUUGAGUUACAUCUUGAGUUACAGUUUUGAUGUUUUCUUUCUUCAGAUGAUUUUAAUUUGAUAUUGAAUUCAUACGACCACUAGUAGUAGUCGGGGGUAGUCGUAGUGGUGGUUAGUAGUUUUUAGCUGUAGCUCUGGUGAUUAUAUCUCAAGCAAGAUUCAUGGCCUGCUGCGUGAAUCCUUCCAAACAAGGGAAAAGAAACAACGAAGGCUGUAGUGGUUCCCCGGCAUAUUGUUCUCAAACUUCUCAAGAUAGGAAGAUGCCGGUUCCCGACAUAAAGACAAGGGACUCCUUCUUGUCCGACGAUGUGCCGCCGAUGGGGAUCUACGAGACCCUGUAUGCCUUCAAGGACAGCUUCGGGAAAUUUAUGGGAACGCAGGGCACGCACCCGUGGAGUCAGGGUUUUCCGCUCACGACCCCUCUGGUUAUGUUGACCUUGCAAGAAAUGCAUCCUCAGUAGCAUUUUCUUAGCACGGACGCCUUCGUUCUUUAUCUCUAAGUGAAUUUGAAUUACAGCCUACUACAUCAACAUCGAUGUUGCCUCCGGCUCCGCUCUAUCUAAUCAAUGAUGCUUAUAUAUACUUAUACAUAGGUCUUUCGCUUACAGCAGCAACACAUCGACAUCAACAAAUGAUAGUGUAUGUACUUAGAAUUACAUAUUAAAGAAAUACGUUUUGGUGUUGUAACAUCAUGACCAUGACUAGGCCAUGUCAGAGGAUACAUCUAUAUGUUGACAUGGAAUGACUCUAGGAGUGACUCGUCUACUCAAGAAGAUAGAAUUCGGGAAGGUGCUCUAAAGUGGACAAAUUCGAUGGGCCAGAGCUACCGGACAGCAUCGAUGUCACCUGGGAGGAUCGUUUUUACCCCAAAGCGUGGGGUCACCCGCUCUUACGGGAAACCAUCGCCGAUUACUACAACACCCACUAUUACGCAUUUCAACUUGUUGUAGUAGGUCACUUUUUCAUGUUGUUCCUUAGACUGAGUUGAAUUAUGUCCUUCGCAACUUGUUCUUCUUUCAUUUGAGAGGUGUUGAGUUCAUGAUUAAGAUCAUUAUUUCUAACAUAAUAGCCGUAAUAUCUUCUAUGUAAAAGGAUAUGACGCCGUUAAGACUCCGCAAGCAAAAACAAGGUGAACCCGAAAUUGAAGAUCGAACCCGAGAACGUCAUGAUUUUCGCUGGCGGAAGACCAGGCAUUUACACGGUAUUUGACUCCUAGUUCUAGUGCGGAGUCCUAGACACAGAGCUUCUCGCGGUGAGAGUAUGUUUAUUUGAUAAAAGUGUGCCUGUAUCGCCAAGAUGAAGAUAGUCGUUCACGGUCUUCUUUAUCAGUGGCAGUGCACGACUUUGAAUCUCAAACAUGAUCGUCAUGUAGUACUACUAUUACAUCUACUUCUUCUACUACCGCUGCAACGUUCGAUCUUGCUCACCAGGCCCUUGCAUUUCUGAAGAAGCACGUGGAGAUAAGGAUUAGCAACACAGAGUGGCCAGCGUAUAUUGAUAUCAUGACGGCAACCAAGACGCCCUGGACAGUAGUUCCGUGUACGAAGGAGAACGGCUUUCAUCCUACCAAUCAGCAAUACUACUAUGGAUCAGGCACAUCCUCGUCAAUGAUGUUGACUUGUAGAAUAAAGUGGACAGGUAAGACUUAAAGUAGAAGUGUUGCUACGCGCCUCCCUGUUGUUUCUACCAGCAGAAAUUUCUAGAGAGUUGCUGAACCUGUUCCUGAAGAAGUAGAAGACGCACCUCCACGCUUCUCUUCGUUAUCUUGUUGCCGGCAUCUCCUUCACUAAUUUUCUAGUUCUAAUGAAUCGACCGAACGAAUCUGAACGCAAAAGUCCACUUAAUGCCUAUCAUUUCGAAUCCGGGUAACCCUACUGGGCACACACGACACGGCGAGGAGCUUAGAGAACUCAUGGCCAUGGCAGAAGAAUCCAAGAACGGGAUGUAAGGCGAAUUCUGCACUCGAAUACAAUAUAUGUCAUACUACAUGAUGAUCUCCGACUUCAGAAAUAUCUUGUAGUUUUAUCGGGUAUCAGCACUCUAUCUCUACUUACAACCAUCGAAAAAGGCAUCUUCAAAGAAGUGCAGUAAGUUCAUGAACAAGCUGGUUUGACCUUAGUCAGUAGUUGUUCGAUGUCUCUCUUGCUCUUCUACACCAUGCAAUACUUAGUACUACUAGAAAUUGACAAAGAGAGACCACCUGAUGUCGUCUUCUUCUAACGUACCUUGUUGGACGAGGCGUACGAGAUGUACCACUCCCCAGCAGUAAGCGGUGUCGAGUACGUGAAUGAUCUAGAAAUUAAGGCCUUCUCUACUAAGAAUGCAUAUGUAAUUUAUUACUUACUAGUUGAACAACUUACUUAGAAGAGAUAAGAAUCCAUCUUCAUCUUGUUGUUGAAGAGGAGCACGUUCGAAUACAAACGACCCACAGGUGUGAAAUGUUGUUGACAAGAACUACCUGUUUUUCAUCUGCGGCCAUGACUCGAUGAACAAGCAGGGGCAUUCUAGCACUAGUUUGUCACAUCAUUCUAUUCUAUUUGAUGGCAUGAUGCCACGACGUCGACCAUGAAGAUGAUGUGACGUAGUAUCAUUUCAAGGUCGCUGUAGUCGGAGAACGAGAACGACGGUGGUGAGCUCUAACGAGAACAGCAACGUUUUUAUCACCGGCGCGUGUACGAAAGGACUUCAGUGCCCUGGAAUCCGGAUCGGUUGGGUAUUACUUCUAUCAAGCUUACAGCUAUAAAUUUCGCUAGUGUGGUACUCGGACACUUGUUAUAAAUUAUCUUUUUUUUGCUUUUGGUAGAUCCUACAACGAGAAUUGAGCUCGUCAGGAAAUAGAUUUGAAUGAAAGGCGAUAAACUCAAAAUUUCUCAAUUUCGUUAUUUCAAUUUGAAUUGUACUGAAUUUUUUUCACGUGGGUUGAGCACUGUUAUUUGGACAAUAAAAAUAUGGAGUUUAGACCUGACAAUAGCUAGACAUUCUAACUGGAGGAUAGUGUUUGUUAUUAGAAUAAUUGUGAAAAUCAUCAAAAAGUUCGUAAUUUGCUUUCUCGAGAAUGAAGCUCACAGUGAAAUGAAUUUGAAUUAAAGGCGAUAAAAUUAAGAAAAUUUCAUUUCGUGUCUUCAAUUUGAAUUGCAGUGGGUUUUCUAGGUGGAUGAAGCACUGCUGUGUGUGGGUAGAAAAAUCGACUCUAUAUGAAACAGCGCGAAAACAAUCAUAGGAAGAAACUGGAGUACUGGCCUUGGUGAAUUGGUGAUAGUCGUCGAAAAGGUUUCAAAUUUGCUGUCUUUCAGAAAUAGGGUGACCAGGAAAUAAAAAGUCGAUCGCACUUUCGUGUCUACUUCGUCCAUCUCCCGCCCACCUGAAUUGGUCUCCAGAUGAUCGCUAGCAAGAAGAAUAUCGAGACGCUGGCUAAUUUUUCAAGUUUUGGUAUGGGCGGAGUGUCUCAUCCGAGUCAACUCUACGCGGUGAAGUUGUUCGAGCCAGAACGGGUGCUUUGUGCGAGAAAUGCGAUUGAGAAGCACUACAACUGGCAGCGCGAACGAUACGGCGAGGCAUUCAAGGCUAUGGGUCUAAAGCUCUAUACAGGUACAUAACAGAGGAAAGUUGGUUAAUUUUUACUGGGAAAUGAUGUCGUGGUCAUUCCUUUAUAGUACAUGACAGUAUAAUGAUGUUCUUGGUUAGAUUUUUACAUUGAUGCAGCGGCUUGUGAGCUCGACCUCCAAAACGAGUUUUCCUUCAACGUCUCAAAGUUUCUUUUAUUUCAUCCUCAAAUUAAGUGAAUCGCUGUGGUCAGAACUUCAGGCUCUGCCUCUGGCUCACAGGAGUAGAUACUUCAUGAAUUUUCAUCUUCGCGAAGACAUCGUCAAGAGCAAACAAUUAUGCAUGAUAAGUAAGUACCUUUCAGUAGCACAGCGAGGACGAACAACUAUGCAUGAUAAAUACCUCUUCGUUCAAUGCCGUAACUUCACAUUUUUCGAUUAUGUAUGAUCUUGAUGUUUCGAAUUUCCAGGUAGUGGUGGUUUUUACCACUGGAUGGAACUGCCAGAGGGUCUGAACUGCAUCGAGUUUAACAAGCGUUUGUUCAAGCGGGGCGCUGCAAUCUUGGAGGGACCAAACUGCGACAUGGCACGACCACACGCGAAGGACACGAACUACAAAUCGCCAUACUUUUUUACGAAAGGCCUUACUGCUCUCUUAAACAAAUUAAGUAAUAGUUAAUGUAAGCAAUCAUAGAGUAUAGACAGACCUCCACGGUGCUGAGCGAAAAGGUGAGUAGAAAAAAGGACGAUAUUUUAAUUUUUUUCCUGUGCAGGGCACUCGAUCAUAGAGGUGCUACGUAGCACCUUCUAGUUUCUAGUUACUCAGUCUUCGACUUCAUCACUAUAUAUCAUGCAAGAGCAAGAUAUUGAUACAGUCCUAACUCGUUGCCCAAUCCGAAUCGACUAACAUCAUCAUAGAAAUAGAUACAGAACUAACUCGUUGCCCAGUUUCCUCUUCUUCCAAAAUAUAGUUCUAAUCUUUCCUUUUUCCGAUUCAGUUUUGGGCCUCUGCUACCGGAAACGUUUGACGAGUAUGAAAGGAAAAUCAUUACUCACAGUCACAGCAUCGAUGAUACUCACAUUCAGACUUUUGAAAGACUGAAUCGCAAUCGCGACUAG